ACGAGCAGCACACGGUUUCAAACUUUUCCAUGUCUGUCACUGAAGCCCUGAAAAUCCCUGAUGAAGAUACUUAACUACAUUUUAUCCAGCGGUUGAUGGUUCAGAAGUCUGACAGUAGAAAAGCGCUGCUAUGGGGCCAUUUGGAAUAGGAGGUUCUGGGAGGUCGAUAAUGACCAUUGGAUAUUUUUAUAUCCAUUUUUGUAUUUGUGAAAAAAGGUUUCAGAAUAUUCAUUUCAUGUUAUUGAAAUGGAGGGUGAAUUUAUAUAUGAUUGCAGUGACCUGAUAAAUUACUUGACAAAUGCAGAGAGCACACACUCACUUAUCUGCUGGUAUUGCAUAUAUACAAUAUUCCAUAUUAUACUGGAAAUCUAAUUGAAUAUGGCAAGUGAAUGUCUCCUUACCUUCAUAAUAUAAUCGAUAUAUACCUGUAUCCAUGCCGUAGUGCCGUUCACUACAAUAAAUUAAUGUGAUUGUAAAGUUUAAUUAUUGAACGUUUAGUUGUUAAAAUAUCCACAUUCGUGUGUUUUGAAGUGCAGAGACCAGCUAUUGAUCCGACUGCACAAAGGCGAAGAACCUGGAAGACUAUGGAUACGGAGGCGCUUGAAAUGUCAUAGUCAAUAACGCACAAAAACCUUUCCCGAGUUAUUUCUGUUGGAACCGGUAUCGAGCGCGGGUAUGUAGCUAGCUCGGAACUUAAUCACCCUUGGAUUUAGGGUAGGAUUUCCGUGGGAUUUUAACUAAGUGUAGGAUAUAUAACCCUAACGUUUUCCAAUUGUUUUAAAAAUAAAUGUUUAGUUAACAAAUGCUUGAAUAAGAUAUUCCAUUCUCAAAGUGACAUUUGUGAGAAUUUGCGAUGCCCUCCGUUUUAACAUUUAUGGCCUGCAUCGGCCCCCUUAUGUUACACAGCUGGAGGAUGUAGUUUUUCUCCAGUCUUUACACAAUACUUGUGUUGAAUGCUUUAACGUUAAAGAACUACAAUGGAUCUUGGCGCUUAACAGUGACGUACUUUCGUGUUUUGAGGACUGGAAAGACUUCAGCAUCAGGAUAUUUUUUAAGUUUUGUUUGUGAUUGUUUUUGCCUAUGUUUUUUUGUAUUGACGCGGUAAUAUAGUUAGCUAGAUACUAUGCCAGUCCAAAUGAAGACUCGAUGUAAGUUAUCUUGCUAAACCAGCUAGCUUUAGCGUGUAGCUAGGCUAGCUCUUUCUAUUUAUCCUAGUCUGAUAGCUAGCUAGCCUACCUGCUGCUGUUGCUACAACAUGGUCUUGUGUACAUCGGUGACAGAUAUCCUAUACUACCACCUUUUUAGCUAUCGUUCAAACUGAAGUGCAUGUCCCUUUCAUCCCGCAGUCGACACAUGUUUCUCCGGCGCUUGACUUCGUUCGUUUACAACUGGUCCCCUCCAUCCCCGGCCCUCUACGACCGCUGGAGGACCUUGCACUUCACCCGGACUCUAUGUUUGCCGGGUGGGCCUCCCAGGCCAGUACCCUUGAACCUCAGUCAUCACCUCUUCGGUGCUUUUCGACUUCUAGACCCUCACAGCUGGACAUGUAACCCAGAGCAGGGGUUAACGUUUCUCACAGUGCCUCAGAGGUCCCUCCACCUCUCUAGCGCACUGAUGGAAGGGUCGAACAAGGAGGAACCGCCGCACAAGCCGCCCCCCCACAAGCGGAGGAGGAGUACGGAGGACCAUGGUUCCAGGGACAGUUCCGAGCCACGCCUCCCCAAAACAGAGAAACCGCAACACACGCACAGCUCCACGACCAGUCCCAACUACUGGUUUAAGAAUGGGGCAAACAGAGAACCACAUCCACAAAAUACCAGCGCCAGCCCACAGAUGCCAACAAAAUUGACAGCACCUUUAUACAGGGGUUGGGAGGAGUUUAGCUCCUUCUACGAACCCCAGCAAUCUCCCAACCAACAGAGGUGUGAGUUCUCUGUGCUCACCUAUAACAUCUUGUCCCAGGAUCUUCUCCACGACAACGCCUACCUGUACCACCAUUGCACAGACUCAGUCCUGAGCUGGGCCUUCCGCUUGCCCAACUUGCUCCGAGAACUGCAGCUCUACGACGCUGAUAUCCUGUGUCUCCAGGAGGUGCAACACAACCACUACGAGGAGCAGAUCAGACCUGCUCUGCAGGCCCGGGGUUACUGGUGUGAGUACAAGCGUCGGACGGGCGGCAAGCCAGACGGUUGCGCCGUGGCCUUCAAGAGAGACCGCUUCUCUCUCCUCUCCCGUCACGCUGUGGAGUACCUCCGACCCGGGGUCUCUCUCCUGGACCGAGACAACGUGGGCCUGAUCCUGUUACUGCGGCCGGAAGGUGGCACCGACCAAUCACAGCCCUCCUCAUGCCUGUGCGUGGCCAAUACCCACCUGCUGUACAACCCCCGCCGUGGCGACAUCAAGCUGGCCCAAACCGCCCUGCUAUUGGCUGAGAUCGGACGCCUCGCCCACCUGCCUGAUGGUACGCCUUGUCCAGUGGUGCUCUGUGGAGAUUUGAAUUCGGUCCCCUGGUCUCCUCUCUACUCCUUCCUCAGACAGGGCUGUCUGGAGUACGAAGGCUUACCGACAUCCUGGGUGUCAGGACAGGAGGAGAACCCCAGGGGCCAGCGGGUCCUCUCUGCCCCCAUCUGGCCCCCCAGCCUGGGGAUCAACCAGCAGUGCCAGUACCAGACACAGUCCAGUCCAGAUCCAGCAGCAGUGGGGAAGCCUCCCGCCCCAGCCUCUCCCCCUCCAGCCUCUCCCCCCAGCAUCGAGCACUCCCUCCUCCUGUCCUCGGCGUACUCCCACCUGGUGCGUGAUGGGAGGCCCGAGAUCACCACCAGCCACUCACGCACCUCCAUCACUGUGGACUACAUCCUGUACACCCCCGGAGCAGGAGACGUGGCCGCGCACACAGAACACAGUAAGGCAGCUCCACUUCCUGAUGGGCGGGGCCUGCAUCUCCUAGGUCGACUGGGAUUGGUCGGACAAUCCGAAUUGAUGAAGGUCAAAGGGCUGCCCAAUGAGCAUCACUCGUCGGACCACCUACCCCUCCUUGCCCGCUUUUGCCUCUGUCCCUGAACCAGAACUUUCUGCCAGCACUUGCGCGCACAGACACAUCAAGGAGAAGACACAUGUAGAUACACACAAUCAUAAGGAAAGAGGCAACAAUCCUCCACCUAAUCAACUGACCGUGUCAUAUCAUUCUGUUCUCAUUUAAACAAGUGAGACUUUGGGAGGACUGGAACAGAGUCUUCUCUCAGCUGUGGCUCUGGUCUCUCAGUAGACAAUGAACACCUGAAAUGUUUACAUUUACUCUGUAAUUGUAUUUGAUUUUUUAGCGGCUGAUAUUGUGCUUUAAUGUAUAGUAUGAAUGUCAAAAAGGGACAAAACGUUUUGUUUUUUUAGAUGGUAAAUAUUUUUAUUUUUAUGCAGAACGAUGCAUUCAUAUCUGAGUGGAAGUUACUGCUGAGAUGUUGAUAUAAAUAAAGACGAUGAUUUUAUUUCGA